GGAGCCCCUGAAAAGAUUGCUCGAUUCUCCUCAGUCGAUUGAUAACUGUUGCCGGUCACGUUUGGGUGUUGAAUUUGCGCUUAACUGCUUCUAGACAAGUGAUAGGAGGAUCUGAAAAAAAUGUCCUACGCUAAUAAUUCCUCAAAUGGAGUACAAUCGGACGAACGCGUUGUGGAUUUCCGUUCGGAUACCAUAAGCGUCCCAACGGCCAGCAUGCGUAAGGCGAUAUAUGAAGCCGUCGUCGGCGAUGACGUAUACGGUGAGGAUCCGACGGUCUUAGAGCUGGAGCGUCGUUCGGCUGAGCUUUUUGGAAAGGAAGCUGCGCUGUUCGUGCCGACCGGAACCAUGGCAAAUUUGCUAGCAGUCAUGGUUCACUGUAGCAGGAGAGGAACCGAAGCCAUCGUUGGAGAUGCGGCUCAUGUGUUUCUCUACGAGCAGGGAGGUGCGGCGCAGAUUGCGGGGGUACUGCUCAGCACGAUCAAAAAUAAACCGGACGGUACAUUCUGUCUGGACGAACUGGUUCACAAGUUUCGCGGCUUUGAUGUUCAUGAGCCCAACACGACACUGGUGUUGGUCGAAAACACUCACAACAUGUGUGGCGGCAAAGUUUUACCGUUGCAAUGGUUGGAGGAUUUGUCAAAAAUAUGUAAGGAACGCUCAGUCAAGCUGCACAUGGACGGCGCCCGCGUGUUCAAUGCGGCUGCGCAUUUGAACGUUCCUGUGGCGCGCGUCGUUCGGGAUGUCGACACUGUUUGCUUCUGUCUCAGCAAAGGUCUGGCCUGUCCGGUUGGGUCGAUGCUGAUUGGAUCGAAGGAUUUCAUCAAGGAAGCACAUCGUUUGCGGAAGGCUCUCGGUGGAGGAAUGCGCCAAGUUGGGUUCCUGGCAGCCGCAGGACUCGUUGCUUUGGAUGAAAUCGUUCCGAAGCUGAAGAUCGACCACCAGCGCACCAAAAGAAUUGCUGAAAGCAUCUACACUCUGAAAAGUCCCCUGUUUACGGUUGAUUUGGCAAAUUUGCAUACCAACAUCCUGAUGGUACAGAUAUUGACGGACAAAGUAAAGUCGUGCGAGCUUGGAAAAAGAUUAUCCACCAUUGAAGCGAAAGAAAUAGAGGAUGGUUUGGUGGAUGCAUCUGGCAAAGGCAUAUGUGUUAAAAUUAGUGCUCGUGAUUGGGCGUUUGCUCGCAUUGUUGUGUACACUAAUUUAACCGAUGAAGAAGUUGAUCUGGCUAUCAAGAAAAUUGAAUACGUUAUUCGAGAGUACGAGAAAAACAUCAAGUAAAAUUGAUUUACCGUUUCCAGUAAAAAUCAUUGCCAACAAUAAUUGGUUAAUCGUUCAAUAGUUUUCGGAUAGAAAACACAAUA